AUGACGCCGGAACAUUCGUCCCCUUCAAAUCCUCCAUCGCCACGCUUCGUCGAUGACUACUUUCCUCCUCAACCUCCUCCACAGAUGGCCGUCGACAACGAGACAGUCCUCAAAUUGAUUCAGCAACUCGAAGUCGACCGGGAAGCCUACCUGUCCACCUUCGAGAAGGUCCACGACACUUUAAUUCAGGCUCUCCAUCCACAAUCAACCAGGCCCCUUGCGAGUCCGCGGCAGACCCUGCCAUCUAUUCCAUUGGCUUCAUCUCCCACAUCACUGCCAACUUCUGAGUCUGGCCAACCGGCCGUCUUGUUGAAAAGAAGAACCAGUCUGACAAGUCACCACUCGAAUCCGAGCAGCCAUAUCCUCGAGCAACACCACGCCCUACGUAACCCGAAAGAUUCGAUCUACACUGGUGAUGACAGCUCAGACAGCGACGACGAUGAAUCAUUCUUUGCUCAGGAGCUAUUGCCUCCGAGGGAUUUCUCGGAGAGUGACUUGAUCGAGCACUUGAAGACUUAUUCGUGGGAUAUUUACAGCAAGUACAUUCUUCAGGAUCUUCUCCGGAACAUUGAUUUGCUUUCGAAUGGCAUUUUUCUCAAGGACCGGCAUAAUCAGACAGAUGCCAAUCACCAGCAUGCAGAUAUCUACCAUGUUGGGGCGGACGGCUCGCCUCUGCGGCACUCCCGAGGUGAUUCAGAUGAAGGCCCUCUUGCGGCUUGGGAGGCUUUGAAAAACACCAACAUGGACCAAUCAAGGAAACAGGCCGUGGGUCGGAUAAUCGUUGUCCGAGAGCCUGCAUCAAGCCUUUUCGCCGCCUUGCAUCUCACCAUGAGCGAGUACUUUGACAUGGACUCCAUUUUUCGCAUGAUGAUCGACGAUCACACCCCGUCCAAGGCUAUCACAAAGGGGUACUUGAAAGCGGACCAGCGCCGGCAGCGAUCAGUGGUCUUUGUGUUCAAGUAUCACACGAUCGUAGGGGAAGGGCGUGCUCCUCUUCACUGGCAGAAUCAUGACGCAGAUCCGGAAACCGAGGAUGGCCAUAUCCCGCUGGCGACAUGUUCUUCGGUUGUUGCCCUCUCCCUCGCUGGCAAGCCCAGUUAUACCCUCCGACGGAAUUCUCGGAAGAACAAAUCGGUCCUUGGCCAUGUUUACGACCCUUUCGCGCCAUACCACGUCCUCUCCAUCCAGUGCUUUCCGGACUGGAACUCCAGCGUUGACACGCAUGAACAUAAUCAUCAUUACUGCAAUGGUCCCGAUGCCUUUCUGACAGGCGUGCUCUCGGAAUACAAAGAUGCAAUCAAAAGGUUCAAGGUGAUACACAAGGCCAUUCAAGAGCUGGCCACUCCGCCGAAUAAAUCGAUCUUCGACAGCGCCCUCCGAGACGAACUUCUCUUUGAAAACAACAAGUUCACCUACUCGCGGCGCUAUUUUUGGGCAUCGCAGACCCUUGGCCUCCUGAGCAACGAAAUCAAGGACAUGAUUUCGGCCUACAGGGACACCUUCACGGAUGAGUUCUGGUCGGGGGAGCACAAAACGCUGUUUCCCGGGACCAAGGACCAGUCGCCACGGUACAAUAAUUGGAGGAAGAAACUAGUGUAUACUCGAAGACAAUACGAAAAGGAAAUUUCCCAGCUGGAGGAGGUUUUGCGCAUAUUUCAAGAACAGCAAAAGCAGAUCAAAAACCUGCGCGAGUGGCUCUUCAGUGGGACGUCUGUCCUGGAAAGUAGAGAGGCAGUGAGUAUGGCGAAGAUAACCGUCGAACAAGGCUACAACAUCAGGCUAUUGACGUUGGUCACCUUGUUCUACUUGCCGCUGAGCUAUGUCACGGGGAUAUAUGGGAUGACGAACAUGCCACCGAAUGGCACCUUUCUACCCUUCGCGGUGACAACGGUCGGGAUUUGCCUACCAACUUACCUUCUGAUACUGGUUGUGAACAACCCCAACGUCUUCAAAGGACUUGCAGCCAAUAUCGGCCUCUUCUUCACCAAAAUCACCUCAGUUCCCGCCCCGAAAAAGUCCGAGAAGCUCCGGGAAAAGAUCUUGGAAAGCAAAAUGUUGCACAAGGGAGAACAGCAACAGACCAUGCAAAAAGUGGCGACUUUCGCGAGCCUCGAGGCUCGGCUGUCCCAGGACUUGAGCCACGAGCCUUCGUUACGGGGCUCCCACGGUUUCACGCAAGCCGCCCGUCGCAUGUCCCAAUCCAUCGGCAACUAUCUACCUGGCGUCGCAACAAGACGAGCCUCGCAAUCACUGCCCAAGCAUGCCCCAUUUCCCGACGAACCCAGAAACCCUCGGAAAUCCAGCACGAUCAAAUUCGACGAACCUUUCUCCACCGGCUCGACGAAGUGGCAGGCCAAUGAACAACCGCCACCACGGACCACAGUCCGGGACUUUGAAAAGUCUUUCUCAAACCUCUCCAGCAUAUCCCCGACAGAGAGUCCACCUUUGCCCGAAGUUGUCGUCCGGACGCCGAACGGAUCGCCCCUGCUGUCCCCCUCGAGGGCGACGCUGAGACCGCCUGAAUGGCGGAGAGAAAGGAGCCUCAGUCCCGGAAGCGGGCCGAGAGCGAGCAGGUCUCUCUUUGGGAGGCUCAGCAGUCGACUUUCAUCCGCGCUGCCGUCGCCGAGGUCGUCUGAGCCGGGGAGUCCUAUGGAAAAUGUCUAG